AUGCUGGCGCAGCUUGCCCAGGCUGCCGUGCUGGGGGUGGCCAACCUGUGCGGUGCGUGGCUGGGGAAGUGCCGGCCGCCGCCCUGCCCGGCGGCGCCGCCGUGCCCGGCGGCGGCAGCCUGCCAGUGCCCGCCGGCGCCGGCGCUUACGCGCCCGCAGGUGAGCGUCACCUGCCCGGCGCCGGCCGCGGAGGCCCUCGCCUGCCCAGGGGCGCCGCCGCCGCCGCCGUGCCCGCCGGCCACCGCGCGCCCGCCGGGCGACGCGGCGAGGGCGGGCGCGCCCGAGGCGGAGAGCCGGCACGUCUGCUGGCCGGAGGCGAGCGUGGCGUUGAGCUUCGCGUGCGGGCUGGGCGGGCUGGCGGCGCUGGUCGGGCUCGUGCUGGGCACGUGCUGCGCCAGCCGCCUGGUGAUCUUCGGGGCCCCCGAGUGGCGCUGGGCAGUGUUGCUCGCCGGACUGGUGUCCUCGGCCUUCUGGGCCCUGGUGCUGACGCUGGAUGGUGACAUGUGCAUCGAGGGCCGCGGCGAUGCCGAGGCAGUGCGAUGGUCGUGGCCGAGCAACGAGGUGCCGAAGAGAGCCCCUCGGCAGCUGAUCUACCACUUGGGGCAGAGCGUGGGGCGCCCUGGUGGGAACGGCCGCCGCGAGGACGACGUGGCCUUCAACGGCUCCGAGCUGUUGGCGGGCCGCAAGGGGGUCAACGCGCUGAUGAAGAAGCCCGAGCUGAUCGAAGACAUCGGCGCUGGCGACGUCGAGGCCUAUAGGUGCUUGCCGCCGGCCAAGGCGGAACGAGGCGUGCGACGUGUUAACGUGGCAGAGCAGCAGGCCCGACCGGCGCCUGGACCUCCGACGGCGGACUGGUGCCCGCAGGCCCCCACCCACCGCAGCGAGGGCCCCGUCGGCGGGGAUCGCCGCGGCGAGGCGGACAGCCGGCUCAGCCUGGACCAGUGGGGCGUCACGGGGCACGAGACCUUGGCCAAGAUCCUGGAGCGCCGAGGCACCCACGACCAGUGCGACGCGGUGAACCGGGCGGGCGGCGAGGACAUCCUGAGUCGGACGCGGCUCGAUGAGCGCUUCUACUACGAGGUGGGCCGGGGGGCGGAGACCGGCAAGUGGCAGGACGUGAGGGGCGGCAGGGCCGCUCGCGUGGAAAAGAUGGCGAUCUUGCGCAGGAAGCGCCGCGAGUACGGAGAAGCGAAGAUGGCUUCGGAGCUCCUGUCGCACGUGGUGGCCGAGCUAGGGCGGGACUCUGGCAUUGCGGAGCAGAUGAG